AACCCACUUCUCUACGGUGAGGUUGAUGACAGUUUUUGCGGAUACUGCAAGAACAAUACGGCUGCUAAGACGACAUGGUGUAAACACAUCUACUGGGCCACUUACUGUCAACGACUACAAAAUACUAAUCGAUCAUGGCUGGCGUCGGUAGGUGCUUAUUGUGGAACCCUUGUGUACAAACCUGUUAACAAGAAAACAUGUUGCCCGGCUUACACAAUUCGAUGUGAUGCGGAAGCUUUCAGAGUCUCAAAAAGUCAGAAGAAAGUUUUGAGGGUGAUGGCUGAGUUUUUGAAUAAAGGGGAAGUGCCUAAUGCUGUAAAGAAGUCAAACAACGCCUCUUAUCCAACCGGUUGUGGUGGAGAUAAAGGUGACAGUGCUGGCGAUACUAGCAAGCAUUCGGAAGCUGUUAAACCCAAAGCGUCAGGUGAUUCUGAAAUGGCAACAACUGCGCGCGACCCCACAACAUCUUCACGGUCUAAUUCUGCUCGUAAGAAGCGGUGGAAGGUCCGGUUAUGCAGAAGCUCCCCCAGAUCGACAGAAUUCGACUUGACGUUUGAGGAGGAAUUCAGGCUUUACUCUGAUUACCAAAUUACUAUUCAUCACGAUGAUGCGACUGGUAUUGAGCAUAAAGGCUUUAUAAAAUUUUUGGUGAAAUCACCUUUAGUGGCAGAGGCUGCAGGUGCUCCGCAGUUUGGUUCCUAUCACCAACAAUAUUGGCUAGAUGGGAAGAGGCUAAUUGCUGUUGGUGUUGUGGACUUGCUUCCAGGCUGCCUUUCAUCAGUUUACUUGUUCUACGAUCCGAAGUUUGCAUUUCUUCAUUUGGGAACCUAUUCAGCAUUGCGAGAAAUCGCCCUUGUUCGACAUUUUCAUCGCACUUAUGGUCCGAGCUAUUACAUGGGAUUUUACAUCCACUCGUGUGUAAAGAUGCGAUACAAGGCGCUGUUUUCACCUUCCUAUCUCGCAUGUCCGGAGACGUAUAAGUGGGUUCCUGUUGAGAAGUGUCAGCGGCUUUUGGAUCAAGGGAAAUACGCCCGGUUCGCAGAACUAGCUGAUCAACAAGAGGAGGAUCCUGAUAGUGCUGUACUCCUCCUUCCCUUCUCAGAACGGCUGGCCUCCAUGUUACCCGCGAAGAACUUUACCAUCGAGGGUGAUGUAAUCAUCACGACGGUGGGCAUAGCUGCGAGCGUAAUUAAAAAGCAAGCGCUACAAGUUGCGCGUGAGUGGGUCCAACUGGUCGGGAGUACUGGGACCAUGCGUAUCAAUUACGUGAAUUAG